CAUAUCACUAAGCACUUAUCUAAAAUAAACUUACUCCAAUACUGAAAAGUCUAGACAGGUGUUUAAUUCGUGUGAGCAUUUUUGUAGCACUCACUCAGACACCUUUGUUGUCCAACGCACAAGUGCUUCGUUAAAAAAUAUUGACUGGGUCUUCAUCUUCUAGCUCGUCCAAGGCAUGGAGCUCACAGGCUAGAUGCGCUUCCGCCCCCAGCUCGUCGAGUAUUCGAAGUCGCCGGUCGCCGGCUUGCCGCGCCUCCGCCCCCAGCUCGCCCAAGACAUGCAGCUCAUCGACAAGCCGCGCCUCCGCCCCAAGCUCGUCCCACACGCAGCUCGCCAGCUUGCUGCGCCUCCGCCUCCAGCUCGUCCGCGGCGUCUAGCUGCGCCUCCGGCUCCCAGCCGCUUCCUCUGCCCGCCGGGUAUGCGCAUUUCUGACGGUGAACUGCAUAUUACAAUCCCCAUGUUCAGGAGUAUUAAACAGAGCAUAUGGAAACGACCGUCCAAGAAUUGAUUACAUUGGCUCAAAUCCAGGUCUGAUGUAUGCCAUGCCAUAAACAAACCAUUUUUUUCUACUUUCUCUCUUUUUCUACUUGACAAUAAUUCAUGAGUACUAUAUAUGGUCCUUCUUGAAAUUACUGAAUGCAUGUCUACGGUAUGUAGUUGAAUAA